AUAAAUUUUCAAAAGCAGAGUUACGAACCCCACAUAGUUAUUCUUUAGUAUCAACGAACCAACAGUUACAGAAUUAAAAAUGGCAGAAAACAUACCAGUUGCAGACUAUCUUGACAUAUUAAGUAAGGCAACUUUUACUUUAAAAUCCUUCUUAUCCCAUCAUCCGGCUCUUGCUCAACCUAGAGUAUUGAUCAUUUGUGGAUCAGGUUUAGGAGGUAUAGCUGAUAUUUUAGAAUCUACAGCUUCAAUCAGUUACACUGACAUUCCAGGGUUUAAAACCUCAACUGUACCUGGACAUGCUGGUAAACUUCUUUUCGGACUUAUUGGUAAGAAUAAGGUUCCAGUGAUGUGUAUGGUGGGUCGUUUACAUUUUUAUGAAGGAUAUUCAUUCCAAGAGACAACGUUUCCAGUGCGUUUGGCUAAGAAAUUAGAUGUUUCAACUGUUAUUGUAACAAAUGCUGCAGGAGGUGUCAACCCUGAGUAUAAGCCUGGAGAUUUAAUGCUUAUUAGUGAUCAUAUCAAUUUCCCAGGAUUAGCUGGUUAUCAUCCAUUAAGAGGUCCUAAUAUUGAAGAAUUUGGUCCAAGAUUUCAACCACUUUCCGAUGCUUAUGAUUUUGAAUUAAGAAAGUUAUUUUAUACUGCCGCCAAAAAAGACCUUAAGAUCAGUCGUAACAUCUUUGAAGGAACUUAUUUCUUUGCUGCAGGUCCUACUUUUGAAAGUAGAGCAGAAGUUCGUAUGAUAAGAACUUUAGGUGGUGAUGCUGUUGGAAUGUCAACAGUUCCAGAAGUUAUUAUUGCUCGUCAUUCAGGUCUUAAAGUAUUAGCCUUAUCUUUAAUUACAAAUGCAGGUGUUGGAGACAAACCACCAUAUGCAACUGAAGUUGAUGUCAAACCAUUAGAUGAAGGUAUGGCAAGUCAUGAUGAGGUUUUACAAGCUGCAGAUGAAGCAUCUAAAGAUGUCCAAAGAAUUAUAGAAGCUACAGUAAACGAAUUAUAAUAAAAAGCGAUUUUAGAUUUUAGACUUC